AUGGUCAAAACCAUUCGAGCCUCUCCUUCGCUUUCGCCACACGCGCUUACAAAACCUCAGUACCGCUUUGUGCACGCCCGAGCCGUUGGGGAGCGCGCCCUUCAACGGCCUCGUCCUGUCCGCGCUACCCUACCUCGUGUACAGGUUGUAUUUCUCGGCUUCAUACCCACCUUUCAAAAGGUAUGUCGUUGUAUUGUACGGACUGCGCAUCCUUUCCCCUUUUGUUUUUGUCGAAGCUCAGGCGUGCGUGGGCGGCGCGGCGAGCGGCGAAAUCUUCCUCGAAAAUCGCCUCGUGUGACCCGCCAGGGGGUCCUACUUAUUCGCGUUUUGCCCUCAUCGCCUACCCCGGCUGUCGUGGGGGUGUUUCGCGUGUCGGUUCUAGCAAUGCCCGCUCGUCCCACCCCGUCCGGUGAGGUGGGCGAGGGGCACGAGGUUGACGUCCGAGCUUCCUCCCUGGCAACACGUACGCGUUCCGGGUUACUGUCUGCGGGCAAUCGCGUGCGUUAG